ACGCACACGCACUCUCACGCGCCGUUGUGACGUCGUCAACCGAGCAAACAAGACGGCUCGCGUGCCUGCGCGCGACGGUCUCUGGCUGUCCGUCUGUUGCUCGUGCUGUUAGGAUUUUAUUAAAAGCAUAUGUGUUUUCUUAACAUUUUAUUUAACAAAAUGCUUGUGCUGUUUUAACGUAUAGGGCAGGUCUUCUAAUAUGUCCACUUCCGGGUGAUUUUAUUAUUAUUAUAAUUAUUAUUAUUAUUAUUAAUCGGAUCGUCAGUCGCUAUAAGGUCGUCCGAUGCCGCUGAUAGACUGAAGCAGAUCCGACUAAGUGUUACUGUCUGAGCUGCCGGUCUUCAGGCUGAAACCGAGGAACGCUUCAGUACGAUCUCAGGAGCAUUUGGUUCCUCCAGUACGCCGAGAAGAUGUUUGACUCACGCGGGGUUCCCUUCAUCCUGCUGGACAUCGCCUGCCUGGUCCUUGUUGGACUCCCAUUCGCAAUACUCACACCUCGACACUCACCGUACAAACGGGGAUUUUUCUGUAACGAUGAUUCGAUCAAGUACCCUCUAAAGGAUGACACCAUUUCCUAUGAGUUAUUAGGAGGAGUAAUGAUACCGGUCACACUGCUUACUAUGAUUGUCGGCGAAUGCGUUUCGGUGUAUCUAAAACGUAUCAAAUCAAAGUCGUUUUUCAGCAACUGCUACGUAGCGUGCCUUUACAAAGCAAUCGGCACCUUCGUGUUUGGUGCAGCCAUGAGCCAGUCCCUCACCGACAUCGGCAAGUACUCCAUCGGCAGGCUGCGACCUCACUUCCUGGACGUGUGUAAGCCUGACUGGACGAAGAUCAACUGCUCGAGCGGAGCUUACAUCGAGAACUUCACUUGCACCGGCGACCUGAAGACAGUAAACGAAGCCAGGCUAUCCUUCUACUCCGGCCACUCCUCGUUCUCCAUGUACUGUAUGCUCUUCCUGGCACUUUAUCUGCAGGCUCGGAUGAAAGAUGAAUGGGCUCGACUCCUGCGGCCCACAGUCCAGUUUUUCCUGAUUGCUGCCUCUAUAUACACAGGACUGUCCCGCGUCUCCGACUAUAAACACCACUGGAGUGACGUUCUCACGGGCCUCAUACAGGGAGCCGUCAUGGCCCUGCUGGUGGUUUUCUUUGUGUCCGAUUUCUUCAAGAAGCAGGAAGCUCAGCAGAAAGAUAACGAGAUGGUGCACACCAACCUACAGGAGACGCCGACCAACGGAAACCACUACGACGUCACCAACUGAAGCUGCCAGGAGGUUUGGCGUUUCCGACGGCGCGGGCCGUCAGCGUGCAACGACUGUCAGGAAGGACCACUGAGGUGGAAACCUGUGAAUGUAAACCCCCUGCUUUUCCCUUUCUGCUAUGCCCAGACUCUGUCCCAUGAUGCCCCUGGGCUGUUGAUGCUGCUUUUCUGUGUAUAAUGCUGACAGAUUUGCUCAUCUAGCAAUGUUUUUUUUUUUUUUUUUUUUAAAGAAAAAUACCUGUUGCUAUACAUUUUUUUUUAUUAAAAUUAUGUUAAAACACUAUGUACAAAAAAAAAUGCAUUAUGCAGUUCGAAGACAAAAGAAUGAAGUUAUUAUAGUGAACCUGAACAUUAAUAAACGUUCACAUCACCACCA